CGUUCCUGGUCUCCGAGGUUGUUGCAGAAGAAGGCGUAGACGUCUGGCUAGAGCCGCGGCGUCUCAGCUUUCAGCGGUGUGCUCUGGUCCCGCGCCCCGAAGCUGGCGCGGGCUUCUGAGCUGCGGGGCCCGGAAGGAGGCGUAUCGCGGCGGCAGGAGAGCGAUCUGGGGGCGCCCAGGCGUUCCCCUUGUCAUCUCACUCUGCGCCAUGUCCUGGAUGUACAGGAGAGAGCCUUUUUGGAAGUACUUGCAGACUGUUCAGUAUGCAACUCAUGCAAAUUUUCCACGCCACUCAUAUCCAACUUUUUUCCCACACUUUGAAUUCCAAGAUAUUAUUCCUCCAGAUGACUUCCUAACUAGUGAUGAAGAGCUAGAUUCAGUGUCAUUUGGAACUUUGAGAUGUCGUGUGGUUGGACUACGCUAUUACACAGGAGUAGUUAAUAAUAAUGAAAUGGUUGCGUUACAACGAGAGCCUAAUAACCCUUAUGAUAAAAAUGCAAUUAAAGUAAACAAUGUGAAUGGAAAUCAAGUUGGCUAUUUAAAGAAAGAUCAUGCAGCUGCUUUGGCCUAUAUCAUGGACAAUAAGUUGGCACAAAUUGAAGGGGUAGUUCCUUUUGGUGCAAACAAUGCUUUUACCAUGCCUCUGCAUAUGACUUUUUGGGGAAAAGAAGAAAAUAGAAAAGCAGUUUUAGAUCAUUUGAAGAAACAUGGAUUUAAAUUGAGUUCUGCACCAAAAAUUUUAGGAUACAGUUUGGAAAGUGGUUGGGGCUCUGGAAGAGCUGGACCAAGCUAUGCUAUGCCAAGUCAUGCUGCAGUACAAAUGACAACUGAACAGCUUAAAACAGAAUUUGACAAAUUGUUUGAAGAUUUAAAAGAAGAUGAUAAAACUCAUGAAAUGGAACCAGCUGAGGCUAUUGAAACACCAUUGCUUCCACAUCAAAAACAAGCUCUAGCUUGGAUGUUUUCACGGGAAAACAGUAAAGAACUUCCACCAUUCUGGGAACAGCGAAAUGACUUAUAUUAUAAUACAAUAACAAAUUUUUCUGAGAAGGACCGACCAGAAAAUGUCCAUGGAGGGAUUUUAGCUGAUGAUAUGGGUUUGGGUAAAACUCUUACGGCCAUUGCAGUAAUUCUUACCAACUUCCACGAUGGGAAGCCUCUUCCUAUUGAAAGACUAAAAAAGAAUCUACUGAAGAAGGAAUGUAAUAUUAAUGACAAAUCAAUGAAACUUGGAGGAGGCAAUACCAGUGAAAAGGCAGACGGACUAAGCAAAGGAUCUAGUGAAGAACCCAGUAUUUCAGAUGUCAACAAGAAGUAUCCCAUGUCAGAAUUGUCUAGCUCUCGCCCCAAAAGAAGAAAAACUGCUGUCCAGUACAUUGAAAGUAGUGAUUCAGAAGAAAUUGAAACAAAGGAAUUGCCACAGAAAAUGAAAGGAAAACUGAAAAAUGUACAAUCAGAGACUAAAAGCAGGGUAAAAGCAGGAUCUUCUAAAGUUAAAGAAGAUGUGGUAUUUGCAUGUGCACUUACAUCAUCUACCCCUACAACAAAAAAGAAAAUAUUGAAAAAGGGAGCAUCUGCAGCAGAAGGUUCAAAGAAGACUGAUGCUGAACGGAGACCAAGAACAACACUGAUCAUCUGUCCACUUUCUGUAUUAAGCAACUGGAUUGACCAGUUUGGACAACAUAUAAAAUCAGAUGUGCACUUGAAUUUUUAUGUUUAUUAUGGUCCUGAUCGUAUUAGAGACCCAGCCUUACUCUCAAAGCAGGAUAUUGUUUUGACUACAUACAACAUUUUAACUCAUGACUAUGGAACUAAAGGUAAUAGUCCGUUACACAGCAUAAGGUGGCUAAGAGUGAUCCUGGAUGAAGGACAUGCCAUACGAAAUCCAAAUGCUCAGCAGACAAAAGCUGUACUUGAUUUAGAAGCAGAAAGAAGAUGGGUAUUAACAGGUACUCCAAUUCAGAAUUCUUUAAAGGACUUGUGGUCUCUUCUUUCCUUUUUAAAACUUAAACCAUUUCUUGAUAGAGAAUGGUGGCAUAGAACAAUACAGCGUCCUGUCACAAUGGGAGAUGAAGGAGGACUUAGGCGUUUACAGUGCCUAAUUAAAAAUAUUACACUUAGAAGAACAAAGACAAGCAAAAUUAAAGGAAAACCUGUUUUGGAGUUACCGGAACGUAAAGUAUUUGUUCAGCACAUUACACUUUCAGAUGAAGAGAGAAAGAUUUAUCAAUCCGUGAAAAAUGAAGGCAGAGCUACUAUUGGAAGAUAUUUUAAUGAAGGGACUGUCCUCGCACACUAUGCAGAUGUCCUGGGUCUUUUGCUUAGAUUGCGACAAAUUUGUUGUCAUACUCGUCUCCUCACAAAUGUAGUGCCUUCUAGUGGUCCCUUGGCCUUUUCUCUAGGAAAUGAUACUCCUGAAGAACUGAGAAAGAAGUUAAUAAAGAAGAUGAAGUUAAUUCUGAGCUCAGGUUCAGAUGAAGAAUGUGCAAUUUGCUUUGAUUCUUUAACAGUUCCUGUGAUAACACAUUGUGCACAUGUAUUUUGUAAACCCUGUAUUUGCCAAGUCAUUCAGAAUGAGCAGCCACAUGCUAAAUGCCCUUUAUGCAGAAAUGAAAUACAUAGAGACAAUUUAUUAGAAUGUACUCCAGAAGAAUUGGCAUGUGAUGGUGAGAAAAAGUCUAAUAUGGAAUGGACAUCAAGUUCAAAGAUUAAUGCUCUAAUGCAUGCAUUGAUUGACUUAAGAAAACAGAAUCCCAACAUAAAAAGUUUAGUUGUUUCUCAGUUUACAACAUUCCUGUCUUUAAUAGAAACACCACUUAAAGCCUCUGGAUUUGUGUUUACUCGUUUAGAUGGUUCCAUGGCCCAAAAGGAAAGAGUUGAAUCAAUUCAGUGUUUUCAAAACACUGAAGCAGGAUCUCCAACUAUAAUGCUUCUGUCCUUAAAAGCAGGUGGAGUUGGUUUGAAUCUUUCUGCAGCUUCUCGAGUGUUUUUAAUGGAUCCAGCCUGGAAUCCCGCUGCUGAGGAUCAAUGCUUUGACAGAUGCCAUAGACUUGGUCAGAAGCAAGAAGUUAUCAUCACAAAAUUCAUUGUGAAGGACUCUGUUGAAGAAAAUAUGAUGAAAAUACAAAACAGAAAGAGAGAACUUGCAGCAGGAGCCUUUGGAACUAAAAAAACAAAUGCUACUGAGAUGAAACAAGCUAAAAUUAAUGAAAUCAGAACUUUAAUUGAUUUAUAAUUUGUAGGACUUUAGUAAGAAGACUACUAUAUGUGAGAGGCGUCAUAAUCUGGAUGGAAGUUGGGCUGGAUGACAUCCAAAGUCGUUUCCACUCUUAAAGACAUCUUAAUCCUGAAUGUAAAUAUUUCUUUGUUAAUGUGUGUUUAGAUUCAGAAUUUGAUUUUGGAGCUUCAGUAACUCAUCCUUACAUCUGUCUGUAGGAUAAGCCAUCUUUUUCUUUUUUGUUAAUAAGCAUACUCACAGUAGUUGCCACAGAAUUCUGGAUGACUUUUUGGGUCAUAUUGAAAAUGAAUAAGCUAGAAAUUUAGCAGUCAGGAUAGGUAGUCAGUGGUUUUAUUUAAUUAAGGAAAACUUUUUUUUUUUAAUCCAAAGAAAGAUUAGUUAUUGUGACAAGAGAAGCUUCAUGUUUGAUGAUACAGAUUUAAGAAUACCCUAGAUAAAUCUUGAUUGAAAGAUGAGAUUGGAGGCAACGCUGUUACAGGGCACACAUCUAAGGUAUGUGCCAAAUCUCUCACCAGCUAAGUCCUCCCCUCCCUGUGAUUUAUCUCUUGCUCAAAGGGAACAGUGGAUUAGAAUCUUUCCAGUCCCUUUUCUCGGCAGUGGCAGAGGGCUGAUAUUCAUCAAGACCAAGACCUUUCUGCAGGGAUGAGAGUUGAAUAACUUGGGGUUAGUCUGCUAGCAUUAGGAGCAGUAGGAAAGUUCUUUACUUGUAGUCCAGCUUACACACAAAAAAAAAUCAGGUUGAUCAGAAUAUGGGUUCUUCAUAUACCAGUACUCUAGUGAGAUUAAGUUAUAAACAGUUUUUGGCAAAAAACAACACAAUCUACUCUUCCUGCUUACGAAGGCAAAGCCUUACAAACUUACUGUAAAAGGUGAAGGAAGACAGUUUGCUUCUUUACCCAGACAUUUACAGAGUUGUGUUUUUAAACACAUUCAUAAGUUUGGCAAGUCAUUUAAAAAAAUAGCUUUGUUUUGUACAGUUUUAUUAGAUAUUGUUAAAUAAAAAAUUUAAUUUUUCCUAAGAAAAUGUAUAAGCCACUGGAAUGAAAACUUUACAUUAUCCUAUACUGUUAACUACUGUUAAUCCUGUUUUAUUAUUACACAGACUAAUAGCUUUAGAAAUAUAUUGAUGACAUUGUAUUCCCACUUGUGGUUCAAACUGAAUUUUGUGGUUCAAGCUGGAUUUUGUUUUAAAAUGAAUAAAAAUUUCAAAAGUUUAUUAGCUUUCU